AAAACAAAACAAAACAAAUUUAUUAUUGUUCACCAUGAACAUGAUUCUUCAUCUCUCAAAGCCAGCUACAUUGACUGCAUUGCACCAUCAAUGUAAAUAUAAAAACUCCUUCAAGCUCCCACAAAUCAAAGCUUCUUCAUUUUCUGCUGCACCUGGGGUUGAUCUCAACACCCUUCAAUCUUCCGUCAGGAAGAAAGACAGUAAUGCAGUUAAGGAGGCGCUUGAUCAGCUGAGUGAAGAGGGAUGGGCCAAGAAAUGGAGUUCUCAGCCGUAUGUCUCGCGCCGUACGACAUCUCUCCGCGAGCUGACAUCUCUCGGAAUAAAAAAUGCAGAGAACCUCGCAAUUCCUAGUGUCAGAAAUGAUGCAGCUUUUCUUUUCACAGUGGUGGGAACAACAGGAUUUCUGGGUGUUCUUGCUGGCCAACUUCCUGGGGACUGGGGGUUCUUUGUGCCAUACUUAAUCGGUAGCAUUUCUCUGAUAGUCUUGGCUGUGGGGAGCAUUUCACCAGGGCUUCUUCAAGCUGCAAUUCAAGGGUUUUCAUCGUUUUUCCCGGACUAUCAGGAGAGGGUCGCAAGACAUGAGGCGGGGCAUUUCUUAAUUGCCUAUCUGCUUGGCCUUCCUAUUCUGGGUUAUUCUCUGGAUAUUGGGAAAGAGAAUGUCAAUCUUAUCGAUGAAAGGCUGGAAAAACUUAUAUAUAGUGGGCAGCUUGAUGCUAAGGAACUUGACAGGUUGGCAGUUGUAGCAAUGGCCGGACUUGCUGCAGAAGGUCUGCAAUAUGACAAAGUCAUCGGUCAAUCUGCAGAUCUUUUCACUCUUCAGAGAUUUAUCAAUAGAAGCAAACCACAGCUUAGCAAAGACCAGCAACAGAAUCUUACCAGAUGGGCUGUUUUGUUUGCUGGAUCACUCAUAAAAAAUAACAAAGCAAUUCAUGAAGCUCUAAUGGAAGCAAUGACAAAGAAGGCAAGUGUAGUAGAGUGCGUCGAAGCAAUUGAGAAUGCUGCAUAGUUCCACUUAGAUUGCCUACAGUUUUUUGAAAAAUUGGAUAACUUAAAAUGUUAUGCCUUUUGUCCAACCACGCAACAAUGAAUUUAUUAUAUGUAAACAAAGUUUCAUAAGGCUAUUUUGUGUGUUGAUUACCAACACAAUUCAAAUUACAAUAUUUGGAUUUGAUAGAUGUACAGAUAACGUGGUAUGACUAUCCUAACUAAAACUCUUAUU